GGCGGGGGGCGAGGGGCGCAUGGCGUCCUCCCGCCGCCUCCUGCUCAGCACCAUGAAGCAGAUCUGCCUUUGUGCCGCCGCCUCCUUCGCGAGCCAGGACUGGACCAAGAACGACGAGAAGCUGCUGCAGGCCGUGGACUACAACGAUGCCGGGCGGGUCACGUCGCUCCUGCUGCGCAAGGGCCUGGUGCCCACCAAGCUGGACUCGGAGGGCAAAUCUGCGUUCCACCUGGCCGCCACACGGGGCAACGUGGACUGCCUGGAAGCAAUGCUGGCCCACGGUGUGGAUGCCAUGACCAAGGACAGCUCGGGUUACACUGCCCUGCACUUGGCCUCCAAGCACGGCCACCCUCAGUGUGUCAGCAAACUGCUGCAGGCCUCCUGCCCCGUGGACGUGGCCGAUGGCAGCGGCCGGACCGCGCUGCACCUGGCGGCUGCCAGCGGCUGCAUCUCCUGCUCCGAGAUCCUCUGUGACUUCAAGGCUCCCCUGAACAGCAAGGACAAGGACGGCUCCACGCCGCUGAUCCUGGCUGCCAAGAUGAGCCACCCGGAGCUGUGCCGGUACCUCCUGCACCGCGGGGCCGCCGUCAACAGCCGGGACCUGCAGGGCAGGACAGCGCUGAUGCUGGCCUGCGAGAGCGGCAGCGUGGACACCGUGGAGGUGCUGGUCAGCGCCGGGGCCCGAGUGGCCGUGGUGGACGCCACCGGCCACGACGCCGCUCACUACGGGCUGGCCACGGGCAACGCUCUCAUCCAGCACCUCCUGCAGGAGGCGGCCCAGCGCCGCUCCUGGGCCAGCGAAGAGGAGUCAACCGAGCAGACGUCGCAGACGUCUUCGCCCAGCCAGUCGUUGGUCAGGGAGAAGAGCAGCACCCCGAGGAAGAGGAAGGCUCCUCUGCCUCCCCUGGGCACCCUCAGCCAGGAGGAUAGGGACGCCUACGAGGAGAUCGUGCGGCUGAGGCAGGAGAGGGCCCAGUUCCUGCAGAAGAUCCGGGGCCUGGAGCAGCAGGACAAGCAGAGACGGGAGCGGGCGGAGCUGGAUGAGGCCUCCCUGCGCUCCAUGGAGAAGCAGAUCCGGGAGCUGGAGGAGCGGCUGGCGGCACGGGAUGGGGAGAAGGAGAAGCUGGGCAAGGAGGUGGAGGCUCUGCGGAGCCGCCUGUCCUCCAUGGAGAAUGAGAAGGAAAACACGAGCUACGACAUUGAGACACUGCAGGACGAGGAGGGAGAACCACUCGAGUUCCCAGGAGCAGAGAUGCUGCUCUCCAAGAAGACGCUGAGCCCCUCGGCCGAGGAGCUGCUGGCCACGCUCCAGGGGCAGGUGCAGUCCCUGACCGUGCAGAACAAGGAGCUGAGGGAGAAAAUCCAGGUGCUGGAGAACUACGAGCGGGACGAGAGCAGCUCCCCCGGGCCGGGGGCCGUGGUGCCCGUCAGUCAGUACCAGGCCCUGCAGCGGGAGCUGGAGCGGCUGCGGGCGCAGGGCAGCGCCGGGGGGGCCGCGGAGCCCAGCCCUGCCGGGGAGCCCGCCUGGGCCUGGGGCGAGUGCAGGGCCGCGCUGGGCGAGCUGGGGGUGCAGACAUCCCCCUCCUCCUCGCCCUGCGGCCGGGGGCGCUCUUCCGAUCUGCUGCACGGCCACGCCGAGGACGCGGCACGGCUGGUCAGGGACAGGGACAGGAAGAUCACGGAGCUCUCCAAGGAGGUUUUCAGGCUGAAGGAAGCCCUGAACGCCCUCCCCGAGUCAGGGGCACCCCCACAAUCCCCGCCCAACACGGCCGCGCUCCAGGCCCGGGUCCGGGCGCUGGAGGAGAAGCUGGAGGAGACAGAGACGAGGCACAGCAAGGUGGUGACGCUGUACAGGAGCCACCUGCUCUAUGCUGUGCAGGGCCACAUGGACGAGGACGUGCAGAGACUCCUGUGCCAGAUCCUGAGGAUGCAGCGGCUGCAGGAGCAGGGCAGAUGAGCCCCUGCCAGCACGGGUGGCACAGGGAGGGGGGCACAGGUCUGUCACAGCACCCUGUGUGCCCCUUUGCUUAUCCGGGCACCCAGCCCACCCCCAGCACAGC